ACAUUUUAGAUAUUACUGAGCCUGGAUUUUUCAAACAAUGGCCGCCUAAACAGGAACAUGAAGUUGCGGCGAAAGACACGAUGGUUGCAAAAGAAAAUUCUAUUGACAUUGAACAAUCUGACUUGAGUGACAAUGUUGUACAAUCUGAAAAUGAUGACGAUGCAAGUAAGGUUGACGGCCAAACAUUGAAUAAGAAGAAGAAUCUAAAAAGGGGAUAUGUUUCGGCAAGAGAUGCAUGGAAUUACGCCCGUGCUCAAAAGCGACGAUAUGUACCGGAAAAGGACUGUGUACCAGAUGAAGAAUCGUCUGAUGAAGAAGACUUGGACUGGUAUAAUGCAGGAAACACCUUUGACGAGAAUGCUUCGUUUAAAAAUGAAGGGAUGAUGCGAAAAGCUGAAAUGGCAGCAGAAAGAGGAUUUUCGGUGGUAAAAAAACAAAGAAAAACACAAGAAAAUUUUAAAAAACGUUUUAAAAAAAUCAAAUCGUCUGUUACUAAAUUGAGACUGCAAAGAAGUGUUGAGAAAAAGGAAAAAAAGGUUAAAGAUUUAAUGAAGGAAUUUUUGGGUGGUAUCGACGUGGUGGAGGAAAGUCACUUGUGGCGAGCGGAGAAGUUAUGUGUACAAAUGUCCUGAAUGUAAAAUAUUUAUA